AUGGCAGUGGAUUCAACCUCUGAUUUUGCAGCCACGGAUGACAUCCAGACCAUUCUACAAGCGUUUCAAACCCAGGUGGUGCAAGACUCAUCGUGCAACACAACGAGUCUCUUCGGUUAUUACAAUAGAGUAGCCGUUGGUCUCUAUGUCGGCUCAGCCAUUGAUGACGCCAGAAGCGUUCCUUCUCUCUUCAAAAGCCUGCAAGCUCAUAUCUCUGGUGAUCAAGGCUCUCAGAGCAUGAUUGUGGAACGCUGCGGAAACACUCCAAACGCUGCCUAUGUCCUUGGCUUGGCAAUUGACGCUUCUGGUGAUCUCGCUACAGUACAGAAAGCUGUUUCCUUAUGGAACAAUGGAACAUGUGCAGGCAGCACUGGAUUAUUAAGUCAGCUAGAUGCUAUUCCUAUUUAUGAGACGCCUUUGGGAACAUCUGUCAGCAACAGCAUGAACAAGACGACUACUAAUUCCUAUAUUUCUAAGCGAGGUGACUGCACUACUGAGAGUGUUUUUGUAGGCGACGGCUGUUGGUCUCUGGCACAACGGUGUGGCAUCUCGACAGCUGAUCUCUCUACCUAUAACAAUGCCCCGAACUUUUGUAACACAUUGCAAGCUGGCCAGCUUGUAUGCUGUUCAGCCGGCACUCUUCCAGAUGUCAAGCCUAAGCCUAAUGCGGAUGGUUCCUGCUACACCUAUCAAGUCACAGGCGUAGACUUGUGUUCUACUAUUGCUGCUGCCAACGGAUUGACGGCCACCGACAUCAGUAAUUUCAAUGAUGGCACGACCUGGGGAUGGUUUGGAUGUAACGAUCUCCAAGCUGGUCAGCAAAUUUGUUUGAGUGUAGGUGAUCCGCUACUGCCCGCCCCGGUCUCUAAUUCAGUGUGUGGCCUAACUGUCCCAGGAACUGAGAAGCUAACCAACGGAACGGAAUUGGCAGAUCUGAAUCCAUGCCCGCUGAAUGCAUGCUGCAAUAUUUGGGGUCAGUGUGGAAUCACUGCCGAGUAUUGUGCGAAUGUCACUGGCCCUACAGGCAAUCCUAGAACGGCUCCCAUAGGGCACAAUGGCUGUAUUUCUAACUGUGGCACCGACAUUAUAAGCAAUCCUUACAGCAGCGGGUCGCCCUAUAAGAUUGGCUACUAUGAGUCGUGGAACUUUGAUCGGAAUUGUCUGAAUAUGCGCAUUGGCGAUAUCGAUGUUACUGAAUAUUCCUAUAUCCACUGGGCAUUUACGAGCAUCGGCGACGACUUUAGCGUGAUUAUCAAUGACACCUACAACCAAUGGGACAGCUUCAAGAGUAUGCUGCAAGUGAACAAGAUUCUGUCAUUUGGUGGCUGGGGCUUUUCGACUGAUCCUGCAACAUACGACAAACUGCGUCAGGCGAUGGAACCGGUAAAUGCACCCACAUUUGUGCAAAAUAUCUUCGACUUUGUUGAGGCCAACGGACUCGAUGGAGUUGAUUUUGACUGGGAGUACCCCGGGGCCCCUGAUAUCCCUGGGAUCCCUGCUGGUCUUGCGAGCGACGGCCCUAAUUACUUGAGUUUCCUGAAGACGCUGAGGGACGGGUUCCCCUACACCAAGUCAAUUUCAAUCGCGGCGCCGGCUUCUUACUGGUACUUACGAUCAUUCCCGAUCAAGAAUAUGACGAUAUAUACGAACUACGUUGUCUAUAUGACGUAUGAUUUAUACGGCCAAUGGGACUACGGCAACGCUUACAUUAAUCUGACGGAAACUGAAUAUGCGCUGGUGAUGAUUACCAAGGCCGGCGUAGCUUCAACUGACAUCGUGGUUGGCGUCCCUAGCUACGGCCGCUCUUUUGGGAUGGCAGAUCCGGCAUGCACUAGGCUAGGCCCGACUGUCAAUUCACAGGAACUAAUACUACAUCCACUGCUGACGAGGGACGCUAACGAUAUAUGGGCUGCGUUCAUGGAUGACGACACUUUGGCAAGUCGUACUAGCUACUACAAGAGCCUGAACUUUGGUAGUACUGUUGAUUGGGCUGUCGAUUUGAUUGCAUUCGAUGGCAGCGGUAACUAUAAUGCUACCACUGAGUGGGAUGAGCCCCCUAUGCCUAAACUGGCCCCUUGCACAGCAACCUUUAGCAGCAUUGAUGACCUAGGUAAUACCGCCGGUACGAUUCCUGACCACUAUACUAUACAAUACAUUUUGCAAACUUUGUCUGAUACCCUUACUGCCGCAAUGCAGAACUACACGGACUUGAUGAACGGUGGAUAUAACGACAAGUUCAAGAUAUUUGCCGACAGUGUCGUUUCAAACGCCGGUCCCUACAUCGCUGACUUCAUAAAUCAGAAUAGAACACAACAGACGAUGUUUGCUACACGACUUGUGACACCGUUGGCUGCAAGAUCGAUGGCGAACCAAUUUUGGGCCGAUCUCUUCACGACGACGGGCUUCAAUGAGAGCUAUGUUAGCUUUGAACAGGUCUACGAUCGGACCGGUCCAUAUGGUGGUGGUUGUGGGAGCGAUGCGGCCGCCAAUGAUGUCUGCUGGACGCAGGGCUACGACUUCAACUUCCCCCACCCAAUUGCAAGCUACGGUAAGGCCGACGUGGCCAACCCCAAAGACACCGCUCAAAAGGGUCUAGAUCGAUCUGGAAGCUUGCCAGACCAGGUCUCAAGCAUCUUGUUCCAGAUGUCGACCGACAGUUUCGUCGGUGAUGGCAUGGAUAUCAUUGACGCUGUCUCGAUGCCUGUCCUGAUAAUUGUCUCUGCGGUGGAGGAAAUGGCCACGGUGGAGACUAUUGCAGCGAAUAUCACUGCGGAGGAAAAGAAAGCAAAAGAAGAGGAAAUCAUCGGCGGGUUUUUGGCCGGAAUUCUGUUCUUGAUUCCCGUCGCUGGUGAGGUGCUAGGCCCGAUCGAUGGUCUAGCCGAGAUGGCUACCGUACUUCGAAUUGCCGGUACGGCGGGCAAUACCGGCAUGGCUGUCGCUGAUAUUGUCCAGGAUCCCAGCAACGUGGCUUUAGACAUCAUGAACAUUGUCUUGGUUGCUGGAUCCUUGGCGGAUGACCUCGAGGUCGCGAAACCGGCCAGUUUGCGUCGCACAAUGAAGGAGACAGACAUUGCCAAGUUCGGAGAUCGCGUCACCACAGGUCUGCAGAGUGUGGAGAAGGUGGUUGGAAAGUGCUUUUCAUGA